CAUGGAUCUGUAUCUUUCUGUGCCAAUGCUAUCUAGCUCAAGCGCACAAAGCUUUCCAGUUUCGAUCACAGCUCCGUUAUAUGACACCGUCUUUACAGCUGGUGGUUUGACGAUAGUGACCUGGACCGAGCCAAGAUCUCCAACAAUUUCCCAAAUAACCCUCACAAAAGGUCCCAUAGAUAAAGCUCAGCCAAUCCUUCUCGUCGCUACCGAUAUUAAUUCAGAAGACGAAAAGUUUACAUGGCGUAUUCCUGCUGACUUCCCAACAGGAGACAAUUACGCCUUUGAACUUGGUACUGCUCCUAAUGUUACUUACACAGGCUAUUUUAUCAUAAAAAGUAUCAGCGAUAGAUCGACGUUUUUGAACACUUCAUAUGGGGCAUCUGUAGCCAAUUCUCUAGCAUCAGCAACGUUUCAACUGCCUAUCGGUACCUUUAAGCUCAUCAUCGCUUGUGCCAGUAUAGCUGUAAGCACUGCCUUCCUCCUCUUAUAA